UUUUGCUAGAUCAGUUACACGGUUAAGUUAAAAGUUUAAACUAAAAAAUGAAUCCUCUUGAUGCUUAUGAUUUGAUGUACUGUGGGAAAAUGAUGAUGGCACUAAACGAACAGAGAAAAGUCCAUGGUGACUUUGCAAUUAUGGUUGGCGAUGAGAAAAUACCAGCACACAGGAAUGUUCUGUCAGCCGGAUCAGAUUACUUUCGUGCAAUGUUGUCUCAUGAAAAUGUUGAGAGCAGCACUGGCAUUGUGGCACUGAAACAAGUUCAAUACUUAAGUGUGAAAACUUGCAUCAAUUACAUUUACACUGGUAAUUUUCCCACUCCUGGUCGUGAGGAGCGUGAACAAUUGAUGUUUACCGCCCAUAUGCUCCAAUUACAAGGUAUGUGUGACAAAAUUGCAAUAUCUCUUAAGGAAGAACUGAGUCCACAAUCGUUUUAUUCAACUAAGAUGAUCGCAAACACUUUCAACUGCACUGGUUUAGUUGAAAGUUGCAACAAAUAUGCUCUGAAGAAUUUCCAAUCUAUUGUUGCUGAAGAUGAUUUCAAACAUUUAGAUAAGGAUUAUGUUUCCUUUAUGGUGGGAUCAAAAGAAGUCAAUAUAGCCCAUGAAAAACAAUUGAAGCUAUAA